UUGCAGUACGGUCAUACAGUACUUAAAUUUGUUUAUAUUUUGGAAAAUAUAAGGACUGCCCAAAUGGCAAACCUCCAGUUAACUCAGGAAAAACUAGAUGCCCUACGCUCUGAAUACAGGCCACGCCGGCCGUGCGCCCUGCUGAAAUACCCGCGCCCCAAAACGAAGCCGGAAUACCAGGCGAUAUAUCCGUGGUUGCUUCCAGACGAAACGGAUCCGCACUUCGUGUUCUGCGCGGUGUGCGAGUGCAGACUCAGCUGCAAAAGAUCGGAUCUGGGAAAGCACGAGGGCAGCAUAAAACACUCGGAAAAUGCGCAGAGGAAGGCCCUGCCUGCCAAGGCAAAUCAUCCGGAAGCGGAGGGAUCCGGUUCCAGUGUGAUGAAAUGGGAGUACAACGAGUACGAGGAGGGCCUGCUGCCGUACGGCGCAGAUGCCGCCGAUGACGAAACAGAGGAGGAGGAGGGCGAACUGGACGAAACCGAGGAGGAUUGUGAGGAAGCCGAGGAGGACGAAGUUAAGGCAGAGGCUCUAGAAACCCUUAACGAUUUCGAAACGGAGCCCGCCUCUAAGCAGCAGCGCCGCAUCUCGGAGACGGACUCGCAGCAUUCCGGAAUGCUUGACUAUCUGCCUCUCCACGUGACCAUCAACGAGCUGCCCCCGAGCUCUACGACCGCUGGUUCCUCCUUUCCCACCUCCUCCUCCACGGCAGCAACAGCAGCUCCGCCCUGCAGGAUCACCAUUAAGAAAGUGUCCGCGCCCACUACUCCACCCAAUGCAGUGUGUCAGGGACAGGAAAUCAGCUCGAAGGCCACCAUCACGCCCAUCCACACCACGCCCUCCUAUGCCGCCCGCCAGCUGCAAUCCUACCAGCUGCAGCCAGUGUCGCCUAUAAUACCGCCGCGUGACUCCCUGGAGCUAUUUUUCGACAGCAUAUGCGCCACCGUCAAAAGCCUGCCGCCCAAACUGGCCACCGAAGGCAAGAUCCGGGUAAUGCAGCUCAUCGGGGAGCUGGAACUGCGCGCUUUAGCCGAGCAGGAGGCGUCUGCUCAGUCAUCAUCAGUACCCGGACAUCAGGGUAUCGAUCUCGCCGGCAGCUCAGCAGCAGGAGUAACCGAUGCGCCGGGCAGUGGUCAGCAGAAUGCUACGGUGGCCUCAACCACCAAGUAAACUCAAACGGAAUCGGCAAGCGGCUCCUAAUCAGGCUCAAGUUGGCAAAUUGGAAUGUCUAGUGCUUUCAUUUAAAUUUGUUAACUGAUUUUCUUUAAUAAAUUUAUUUAUUAGUUGUUGUA